AAUGAAAAAAAUAAAAAUAUUAAUAUUUUUUUAAUACAAAAAUUAAUAUUGAGUAUUUAGUUGUCAUUGCGCUGGUUAACAGAAAGCGUAACUAAUCUCUUGUCAACAACUUUUGGGUGUUUGGAUUUAUAUUUCAUUUAUCUUUUUUUUUUUAAUUUUUCUUGACAACAAAAUGCAUUUCGGUAUUGUGGGUAGCGGUAUUAUUGGUCUAACCACCGCUUUAGAGUUGCAGCAAACAUUUCCUAAUGCAAAAGUAACCAUUUUGGCAGAUCGUUUCAAUGAGGACACCACCAGUAAUGUAGCUGCUGGCAUUUUCCGUCCCAGCACCAGUUUUAUGGGACCCACCAAGGAAAUUACACAACAAUGGAUAAAUGAUGCUUACUAUUAUUGGGAUGAUAUACGCCGUUCCAAGGAUGCUGCUUUAGCCGGUGUCUGUCAGUUGUCUGGUUAUAUUUUUUCCAGCAUUUCACCUUCUAUAGUUCGUAAUCAUUAUAUCGAAAAAUUGUUACCCAUAUAUCGUCAAGCCACUGAAGAAGAAUUCAAAUUGUGUCAUGGCGAUUGGAAAUAUGGUUCCUUCUUUACCACAUGUGUUACCGAAAGUCGUUUAUUUUUGCCAUACGCUACUAAAAAAUUCAAUGAAGCCGGCGGUAUUGUACAUUUUCAACAUGUCAACUCUUUAACCCAACUACCCGAUGAUUACGAUGUUGUUAUAAACUGCUCUGGUAUGGGUGCAAAAACACUGUGCAAUGAUCAACAAUUAGUACCCAUACGUGGACAAGUUCUUAAAGUUCGUGCUCCUUGGAUAAAAACCGCUUUCUACGGUGAUUAUGAUACAUAUAUUGUACCAGGUUUUGAAACCGUUACUCUGGGUGGCUGCCGUCAGUUCGAAAGCUAUAAUAUGAAUGUUUGUAAAUAUGAUUCGAUGGCUAUUAAGGAACGUUGUUAUAAUAUGUUGCCCAGUUUGAAAAAUGCUGAAGUUGUACGUGAGUUAGUUGGCUUGAGACCACAUCGUGCUGUUGUCCGUGUCGAAUCGGAAGUAUUGCGUAAGCAAAAUGGAAAUUCUGUUAAGGUUGUUCACAAUUAUGGUCAUGGUGGUUAUGGUGUUACUACUGCACCUGGUACGGCUAAAUAUGCUGUUAAAUUGGUUCGUGAUAUGUUGGUUGGUAAUAGUAAAUUGUAAAUAUUUAUUAUCAUUGUUGUUUUCUGUUUAAGUAAAACUGUUAAAUAUUUUUUUUAGAUCAAAGUUUAAUGGUUUAAUUAAUAAAUGUGUAAUAUGUAGUGAAAA